UGAUGGAACCAGUAUCAUAUGAAAUAAACCAAUUACUACCUUAUACAGAUUAUAAGGUGUGGCUUAAUGCGAUAAAUGACGCUGGUGAUGGUAACAGGAGUGAAACAUUAGUAACAACUGAUUCCGAAGUUCCCAUGAACCCGUUGAAUGUUGCUGCGUCCGUUGUUAGUUCAAGUGAAAUAAAAGUAACAUGGAAACUACAAGGACCAAAACCAGGGAUGACUUCAUAUUAUAUCAAAGUUUAUGAAAUGGUUCUUAAUGCUCAACCAGCAUUUCUAAGGGGAGAAAACGUAAUUGGUUUUGAUAAGCAGAUUGCGCAGUUUUCUGGACUAGAGGCAUAUUGGAAUUAUACGUUUACAGUAGUUGCUACGACAGAUAAAGGCAGCAGUGAAGAGUCAGAUACGUCAAUUGUUGUAACAACAUAUCAAGAUGCUCCUGGCAAAGUAACGAAUUUCGAAAUAAAAAGACCAUCAACGAUAUCAACAACAAUGGAAGUUUCCUGGUUUAUACCAGUAUUACAAGACAGAAACGGUAUCAUUAAGGAGUAUAAGAUUAACCAUAACAUCAGUGGGACAACAACAACAGAAACAAUAGCUGCAGAAUAUGAAAAUUUCCAAAAGUUGUAUUACAUCACACCAGACAGACAUUAUCAGAUUGAGAUAUAUGCAGUAAAUGCAAUCAACCAAGCUGGAGAAAAACUGAGAAAAAUGUAUUACGCGUCAUCAGCAGUUGAAUCACAACCACAAGUGUCAUCUAAAGGAUAUACAAUUGAAACAGUAGUUGGAGCUGCUGUUGGUUGUGUUGUAUUCAGUGGUGUUGUAGUUGGUCUUGUAUAUUGUUUAAUCCGGAAGCGCAGCAAAAAUACUAUUUCUAAACAAGCAAAAGCAAAACAUACCCGAAAAGAGUCAAAAAUUGGGGGCCAAUACGAAGAAGUGGGACUGGACAAUGUAUCUGCUCAACAAGAACUUGGAAUAAUAGAUAAUCAAAAUGUGUAUGACCAGAUUGAUAGAAUACCUACAGUAGAUAAACAAUAUGAAAAUAUGAUUAUCUGAUCUAUGUUUCUAUUUUAUCAACGUAUGGUUUACAUUUAUUGCGAAACAUACAACAUGUACAAAUCAACAUUACAACAUAAUUAUGUCUUGA